CUUUUCACGUCUCCUCUUCUUCUACACCAAAACACACAUUACACACACACACACCCUUUUUUAAAAAGUCUCUAGUCUAUGGCCUCUUUCUUUUUUUCCAUCUUCCCAAUCCCAACUAUAUUUUUUUUUGUUUUUUGUAUUUUUUGUUCUCCCCCUCUCCCUCUAGUUCUGCUAAACAGUUUUAAAAAUUCGUGAUCUAUAUAUUAACUUUUAUUAAAAAAAUUUGGCUUUAGGAUUACAUAUCGUUUCUUGUAGGCAGUUUCAAGUCGAGAGAGGUAGUACUUAGUUUUUUCUUUUGCUUUUUACUCCUGAAUCUCACUGCUGUUAUUGCUGUUUAGUGUUUCUGUAUCUUUUUUUUUUUUGUUUUCCAAAAAGAAAGUUUUGUUCAGGCAAGAUGUCUGGCCCUUUGGUUCAGCCAGUUCAUGGCAUCGUCAAGGAGGAGUUUGAGCAAUGGCAUACGGAUCAGUUAUCCCAGAAGCAAUGUUGUACACUAUACUCAAUACGUAUAUUGGUUUGAUUUCAGUAAGAAACUUAAAGUUCUUAUUUCUAUCAGCCCUUUAGUAUAUUGCCAUAUAUUGAUGAAAAGCCAUGUUUGGAUGCGAUGAACAUGACCUCUGUUGCCAAUCGAGAGCGCUUAAAUUUUCAACCUGGAUCCAGCAGUCGAACGGCUGAAGUUGAUGAUACUGAAUAUUACACAAUCUCUGGGACAAGGCCGUAUUUUGAUGUGAUUCUUUCAAGAACACAUGUCACUCCUCCAUAUCGAUUGAACCUUCCCACUAGAAUGGUGUCAGAGCUUCCUUCUAAGUUAGUCCCUAUGGUUCUAACUUCCUGUGGCAAGACAUGGGAGACGUUUUACCAUGGACGAGGACGAGGCUCAACCAAAAGAUUUGGCUGGAAAAGAUUUGUAAUUGAUAAUGAUCUGAGAAUGGGAGAUUGCUGUUUCUUUGAGCUCAUGGAGUGCAGCACGACGAAAAUCGUAUUCAAAGUUAUCAUCCUCAGAGGUACCCUGCCUUUGGGUGAAGGAGCUGGAGAUGGUGACACUCCGGAGACUGCAAUCUUCAUUGAAUAGAACAAUCCAUUAGAUUUAUCACUACCUGUGAUAGCUAUUGGAUCUUUCAACCAUUUAGAGCUCCCACGUCUAUUUACUGAUUAUCAGUUUAUCACCUUUUCUGGAUGCUAAACAUUUCAUGUAACAAAAUUUCUAGAUCCACCCGGAUGAGACCUGUGAGGUAAAUUCAUUUGUUUUUGUCAUCUGUCUACACUUGGUAAAUAAUCUGAGAACCAUCUAACCUGACAAGUCAUUUACGGCUGAAUUCUGAAAGUUAUGAGAUGCUUUGGCUUGCUACUGCAAAUGCCUUAGGUUGCCAAAUAUUCAGAAAAAGAAUUCGCAGAUGCCCUUUUCAACUAAUGAUCCAAAGACCUCUGUGUCUCUGACUUUGUCUUGGAUCCUUAGAGCUUGAAGCAUCUUGACAUGAGAAACAACAGGGACACAGGCAAUUCUGCUAAGAAAACGUUGUUCCUGAGAUUGCCAUGCUACAUUGGCUGGCGGCAUGUUUUCUGUAAUGACCAGGGCUUCUGAGAUGAAUACUUGUAAAGUUGUUCUGGAAGUAUAACAGUCUUGGCACUAAAUUUUCAACCA